AUGGACUACAGGUGUGACUUUGCCUGCUACAGCAGCGAGGCUGCAGUGUACUCAGCCAACCCUGAGGCUAGCAAAGGGGGGCAGAAUGCUCUGCGGGGAGUCCAGGCUGUCCCACAGCGCAGAAAACGCAUCACCUUCAGCAAGGCCCAGCUGGGGGACCUGGAGAAAGCCUUCAGCCUCACGCGCUACCCUGACACCACCCUGAAAGAGUCACUGGCCUCCGUCACAGGGCUGCCCGAGUCCAAGAUCCAGGUCUGGUUCCAGAACCGCCGAGCUCGUUGCUUCAGACGUGAGAAGCAGGCUGAGGAGGAUCCAGCAGCAUUGCUUGGGCUUAGCAUCACCCCAACUGUGCCCCCCAGCUGCCCCAAAAUUAGGAGGGAAAAGUUUGGCUGCUACAGACCUUAUGCCCCUCAGUGACCCUGCAGGGCCCCUGGCCCCAGCACGGCCGGAGUGGUUCGGCAGUGGGGGGCGGGGAAACCGCGGCCCCUUGCAGUUUGAACGCGCAGAGCAGCGGGACAAGGCGUCUUCUAGGGACGACACACCUUACCGGCUGAGCCAAAGAGACACUUACACGCCAGAGCAGUCUGAGGCCGGAGACAUCGGCUCUGCGCUACGGGCAAAUCACGCUCCCUUGGACGUGCCUACUCAAUGCCAUCAACUGCACCACCAUCACCAUGGUGACCAGACGUCACAGGAGCAUGACGUCCUGUCUGAGUUCAGUGGCCACU